UGUUUUAGAUCACCACAAACACGUACGGCUGUCGGUGGUAAUUCCUCUCCGGUAGUCGCCCCGCUAGCACUUUCGGUUUCUAAUUCCGGUGUCGUACCACUGGUUCCAGCUUCAGAUGCUGUGAAGGAAAACGUGGGAACAGCGCCGGCCUUGCCAUCGCCCGCGGCCAUAUUGCCGGAUCAACUUUGCAUUGAAACUGAUAGUACUUCGAAUCUUACCGAAUUACCGCCUGAUGCAAAUGCCACGCAGACAACGGCGUGGCUUCGCGCCAGCCGGUUCAACGCGUUCGAGUCGACAUUCGCGAGCUUCUCUGCUUCGGAUAUUCUACGUUUGUCCCGAGAGGAUCUUAUUCAAAUCUGUGGUGUGGCGGAUGGCAUUCGACUGUUCAAUACACUGCAUUCCAAGGCACCGACUCCGAAGCUUACUCUCUAUUUCUCGAUGGAAGGCAACAAUUCGCUCUGGAGAGUCGCCUAUCUCGAUAGUUUAACGAGCACUGCGCUUACAAACAAAUUGCUCAAUACUCUAAACUUGCCUCAUGAUCGAUUACACUCAAUACUAUUCCUAGGACCACAAGGUAUACACGUGCUAGUUACUGACGAGCUAGUAGCGAACAUGAAGGACGAAAGUAUGUAUAUCGUCGAAACUAUUAAAGAUUCAGCUAGCGAGCGUUACAAAUUGUUA